AUGGAACUCGGAAAUUCAAGUAUACUGCAUUUGGGGGACAUAGUUUCCCUAUAUGCAGAAGGCAAUGUUUGUGGAUUUUUAAGUACCCUGGGAUUAGUUGAUGACAGAUGUGUGGUAUGUCCGGAAUCCGGGAGUUUAACGACUCCACCAAAGAAAUUCAGAGAUUGUCUUUUCAAAAUAUGUCCCAUGAACAGGUAUUCUGCUCAGAAGCAAUUCUGGAAGGCAGCAAAGCAAAGUAUGAGUGCAAACACAGAUACCAAUCUUUUAAAACGGCUACAUCAUGCUGCAGAAAUCGAAAAGAAGCAAAAUGAAUCUGAAAACAAAAAGCUCUUGGGCACCAAAGUGCAAUACGGGCAUGUAGUGCAGUUGCUACACUUGAAGUCCAACAAGUACUUAACGGUAAACAAACGUUUGCCGGCCUUACUGGAAAAGAAUGCGAUGAGAGUGUACUUAGACAGCAACGGCAAUGAAGGGUCAUGGUUUUACAUUCUUCCAUUCUACAAACUCCGAACCACCGGUGAUAACAUUGUUCUCGGCGAUAAAGUAAUUUUGAAUCCUCUCAGUCCCGGCCAGCAACUUCACGUUUCGAAUCACAAAUUACCGGACAAUCCUAGUUGUAAAGAAGUCAACAUCGUAAAUGGAAACACAUCGUGGAAAGUUACUCUGUUUUUGGAGUUCAAGGAAAAUCUGGAUGACGUUUUGAAAGGCGGGGACGUCGUUAGGCUAUUUCACGCUGAACAAGAGAAAUUCUUAACGAUGGACGAGUACAAGAAGCAACAUCACGUUUUCUUAAGAACUACAGGUCGUACUAGCGCCACUGCUGCUACUAGCAGUAAAGCGUUGUGGGAAGUGGAAGUAGUUAAAAACGAUCCUUGCAGAGGAGGAGCGGGGAACUGGGAUUCCCUAUUCAGAUUUAAACAUUUAGCGACAGGCCAGUAUUUAGCAGUUGAUGUCGAUAAGGAACACGUGACGAGUUCCGAAGAAGACAAAGAAAGAUUGAACAAUGCAAUAAUCGACAAUCGCAAAUACCACUUGGUUCCUUUUGGUUGCAAUUACGAUAUUGCCACUCUUUUCGAGCUGGAUCCUACAAGUUUAACUAGAGCCGAUUCAUUAGUGCCUCAAUCGAGCUACGUACGAUUACAUCAUAUGAUCACGAAUAGCUGGGUACAUUCAACAGCUGAAUCUAUAGAUAAAGACGAGGAAAAACCUGUUAUGUCUAAAGUAGGUUGUGCAGUUACUAAAGAAGACAAGGAAGCAUUUGCCCUAAUCGCCGUAUCUCCAGUUGAAGUCAGAGACCUAGAUUUCGCUAACGAUGCCUGUAAAUUACUAUCAUCUCUAUCAGUUAAUUUAGAACAGGGUACUAUAUCUCACAAUGAAAGACGGUCGUUAACAACACUUCUUCACGACAUUGUAUACUUCGUUGCUGAAUUAGAAAAUGAGCAAAAUAAAUCUGAAGCCUUGGAGUUAAUCGUUACAAACCCGAAUCGUGACAGACAGAAGCUUUUAAGAGAGCAGGCCAUAUUAAAACAACUGUUUAAGAUAUUGCAAGGUCCAUUUUUGGACAACGGCGCCGAAGGUCCGUUUUUAAAGAUAGAAGAACUAAACGAUCCUAGGCACGCUCCGUACAAGCACAUUUUCAGGCUCUGUUACAGAAUUUUGAGGCUGAGCCAGCAGGAUUAUCGAAAGAAUCAGGAAUAUAUUGCUAAGCAUUUUGGUUUCAUGCAAAAACAAAUUGGAUAUGACAUUCUAGCUGAAGAUACUAUAACUGCGCUUCUGCAUAACAACAGGAAGCUGCUAGAAAAGCACAUAACAGCAGCGGAAAUCGAAACUUUCGUGGGUUUAGUUAAAAAGAAUAUGAACAACUGGGAAUCUCGUUCUUUGGAUUAUCUAUCAGAUCUGUGCAUUUGCAAUAAAAAAGCUAUUCCCGUGACUCAAGAGUUAAUUUGUAAAAGUGUCCUGAGCGACAAGAACUCAGAUAUCCUUAUUGAAACUAAUAUGGUUAACACUGAAGUGGAAGUACAAGAAAUCAACGAAGACGGCUCUUUGGACCGCGAAGAGUCCCUAAUAACUGAUGUCGAGGAAAUACAAUUGCAAUUUAGCGUUCCUAAAAAGCCUAUAUUUUUAACCGAUCUUUGUAGAAACGCCAAAUUGGGAAUUAAAGAGGACCAAGCUAUAUUAGACUAUUAUAGACAUCAACUCGAUUUAUUUUCGAAUAUGUGCUUGAAUAGGCAAUACUUAGCACUCAAUAAUCUGUCGCCUCGACUCUCGAUAGAGUUGAUACUGAAGUGUAUGUCGGACGAGAACGUCAGUUUUGAUUUAAGAGCGUCAUUCUGUCGCCUGAUGCUACAUUUGCACGUAGACCGAGAUCCCCAAGAGCCCGUCACGCCGGUUAAAUACGCCCGAUUGUGGUCCGAAAUCCCAUCUCAGAUGUCCAUUCUAGAUUACGAUUCGAACAAGACUCCGAAUCCGAACAAGGAGGCUGUACGUGAAAAAUUUUCAUCGACCAUCGCUUUCGUAGGAGACUAUCUUUGCAACGUGGUAGCAAAAAUGUGGUCUUUUGCCGAUCAGGAACAGAACAAACUAACGUUCGAGGUGGUGAAAUUAGCUAGAGAAUUAAUUUAUUUUGGGUUUUAUAGUUUUUCUGAUUUGUUGAAACUAACAAAAACGUUGCUCAAUAUUUUAGAUUGUGUGUCUGAGAGUGAUUUUUUGGAAGGACGUGUUCCAUCAGUUGAUAUUGACUCUGCUGAAACUGCUUCAGAUCAAAGAGCCGAAGGGGGUGUUUUGAGGACUAUUGGAGACAUGGGGGCUGUUAUGACAUCGCUUACUCUAGGAUCGACAAGAGGCGGUGGUUUAUCUCCAAAUUCCGUCUCACAUGGCCGGUCUAUACAGUACAUGAAAGAGUAUCCGCUGGUAAUGGAUACUAAAUUAAAAAUCAUAGAAAUAUUGCAGUUCAUUUUGGAUGUAAGACUGGAUUAUAGAAUAAGCUGUCUGUUGAGCAUUUUCAAGCAAGAAUUCGACGAGAACGAAAAAAAUUCUAAUCUUAGCAGCGAAGUUAACUUGGGCCAAAAGAACAUCGAUUUCGAAUACAUAGGCCGUCAAGCCGAAGGAAUAUUCGGUAGCAGCGAAGAAUGCGCUGUGCUGGACCUGGAUGGACACGGCGGAAGAACAUUCCUAAGAGUACUGUUGCAUUUAACGAUGCACGAUUAUCCAUCUUUGGUUUCUGGAGCGUUGCAAUUGCUCUUUAGGCAUUUCAGUCAAAGGCAAGAAGUUCUGCAAGCAUUCCGGCAAGUUCAGCUCCUUGUUUCGGACAGCGAUGUUGAAUCGUACAAGCAGAUCAAAGCAGAUUUGGAUGUUUUGAGGCAAUCGGUUGAGAAAUCCGAACUUUGGGUUUACAAAUCGAAAUCUUUGGAAGACCAUCAACCUGUGAAGAAAUCAAAAGACGAUGAAGAAGAGACGACCAGUAACACUAAAGCUACGACAAUGGGAGUGUUGGAGAAAAAAGGUUCAGCCAUUAAUUUGGAUGUCGGGCCUCCUUUGCAUCCGGAUCAGGCGGAUGAAUACAAAAAAAUCCAGCAAAUAUUAAUUAGAAUGAAUAAAUUAUGCACUCAGGGAACUGCAGGGGGCGUUAUUAAACCUCAGAAACACGAACAGAGGCUUUUAAGGAACGUCGGUGUUCAUACAGUCGUAUUAGAUCUUUUGCAAGUACCUUACGAUGAAAAAGAAGACAUCAGAAUGAACGAAUUAAUGCGAUUGGCUCACGAAUUUUUACAAAAUUUCUGUUUAGGAAACCAGCAGAACCAAGUGCUACUCUACAAGCAGUUGGAUUUGUUCCUCAAUCCAGGAAUUAGAGAAGCUCAAACAGUUUGUGCGAUAUUCCAAGAUAAUUCGAAACUGUGCAAUGAAGAAAACGAAAAGGUCAUUCAACAUUUCGUGCACUGCAUAGCAACACACGGACGACACGUGCAAUAUUUAAAGUUCCUACAGACUAUAGUGAAAGCGGAAAACAAAUUUAUUAGAAAAUGCCAGGAUAUGGUGAUGCAAGCGUUGAUAAACGCGGGCGAAGACGUAUUGGUAUUUUACAACGAUAAAGCGUCGUAUAAUCAUUUCAUCGAAAUGAUGCGUUCAGAGCGACAUGCCAUGGAUGAAAGCAGCUCGUUGAAGUACCACGUAGAGCUGGUUAAGCUUCUGGCUUGUUGUACUAUGGGAAAAAAUGUUUACACCGAGAUAAAAUGUCACAGUUUAUUACCAUUGGACGAUAUUGUGGUGAUGGUGAUCCACCCAGAUUGCAUACCCGAAGUGAAGGAGGCUUACGUUGGAUUUUUGAACCAUUGCUACAUCGAUACAGAGGUUGAAAUGAAGGAAAUAUACAAUUCCAGUCACAUGUGGACAUUGUUCGAAAAAUCAUUCCUAGUCGACAUGGCGGAUAUUGCAACAGCACCUAACGAUAGAAAACAUUCUGAUAGGGCUUUGGAAAAUUAUGUAACGAACUGCGUAAUGAAUAUUAUCUCGACUUUUUUUAAUAGUCCUUUUUCGGAUCAGAGUACGACUGUUCAGAAACAUCUGCAUGAAGCCAGGGUAUAUUGGAGCGACUCCACUAUGGAUGAAUAUGAUCCGUUCUCGGGUAAUGUUCAACUCAAACAAUCUCCAUUUUCGAGUAAUACAAGACAGCCCAUUUUUGUUCAGCUAUUGCAAUCGGCAUUCAGGGUGUCGCAGUGUCCUUGGCUAGCAGCAUCGCAACGCUUUAAUGUUGAAAAUUGCAUCCGUACACUGUCCGAAGUCGCUAAGAACAGAGGCAUAGCCAUUCCGCUUGACUUAGAAAGCCAAGUCUCGGCUAUGUUUAACAGAGCCACCAUUUUGACUAGGCAAACCAGUAAGUGGUUGCAGGCUUCGAAAAUUCCUAAAAUGGAAAGAUCGCAAUCUCAAAUUAUGCGCUUGGAUAGAAGCGUUAUAGAAGGUUUACAAGAUAUAGUAUCCGUGCUGCAGGAUCAGCUAAAACCUUUGGUUCAAUCUGAGCUAUCAUUAUUAGUCGAUGUUUUGUAUCGACCAGAGCUUCUGUUUCCUCCUGCUAGUGAACCCAGAAAGAAAUGCGAAAAUGGUGGUUUUAUAAGAAGAUUGAUAAAGCACACAGAGAAAUUGAUGGAAGAAAAAGAAGAGAAAUUAUGCGUUAAAGUUUUAAAAACGCUCAGGGAGAUGAUGGCCAUUGACAACGAAUACGGAGAAAAGAGUGAGAAACAGUCAGAAAUGGGGGACGUUCUACGUAACAGCUUGUUAGCUCGUUACUUUGGACGGGCAUUCAUUCAAAGUAAUAACUCAGUUGAACUCGGAAAUAAUCUCAUCGUACCAGCAACCCAUGGUCCAGGAGCGAAAAUAUUAAGUCGUGCGGGAAGAAGUCUUCACGAGGUUCAGACACAUUUAGAUCGAGAAGGGGCAUCUAACUUAGUCGUGGAAUUGGUGAUAAAAAGUGGCAAUUCCCCAUCUAUAUUUAGCGAAGCCGUUGAAUUAGGAAUUGCUCUGCUGGAAGGAGGGAAUCCCAUUAUACAAAAAAGCAUGUUUAAUAAACUUCUCGGCGGUGAUAUGAGCCAGUCGUUUUUUAAGGUGUUCCACGAUAAAAUGAAAGACGCCGAACAGGAAAUAAAAUCCACAGUAACUGUAAAUACAUCCGAAUUACCAGCUAAAGUUCCAGAAGACAAGCAGAACGGUAAAGAUGGCGAGAGAUUAAAAAAAUCUGAUAGCAAAACGAACGGUAUUCUUAUAACGCCCGAGUUGCGCGAAGAAUUGAAAUGCGCUGCCGGCGAUAGUGAUGCUCAAGUUCUGGCUAAUAUUCGCCUGGUAACGGAAGAUGGUUCUACAACAGCGUCCUCCUUGGAGGAUUUAUUGGCAGAGAAGUCGGAGAAACAGAAAGAUCGCGAAGAACAGAACGGUCUCACCAACAAAAUCUUAAUCAUGCAACCGAUAUUAAGGUUUCUUCAACUAUUAUGCGAAAACCACAAUUCUUCAUUGCAGAAUUUAUUGCGAAAUCAAAACAACAAGAGCAAUUUUAAUUUAGUAAGCGAAACUUUGUUGUUUUUGGAUUGCAUUUGCGGGUCUACUACUGGCGGUUUAGGUCUGUUAGGAUUGUAUAUCAACGAGAACAACGUGUCGCUGAUUAAUCAGACGUUGGAAACUUUAACUGAAUAUUGUCAAGGACCUUGUCACGAAAAUCAGAACUGCAUAGCCACUCACGAAUCCAACGGGUUGGAUAUUAUCAUUGCGUUGAUAUUGAACGACAUAAACCCCUUAGGAAAAACCAGAAUGGAUUUAGUUCUAGAACUGAAAAACAACGCUUCUAAACUACUACUGGCAAUAAUGGAAAGUAGAGGAGAUAGUGAAAAUGCUGAAAGAAUACUAUCAAACAUGAUCCCCAAGCAGCUUGUCGAUGUAGCUUGCAACGCUUUUCACCAAGAAGAAAACGAAGAAUUGGACGACUCUAACGAAAACAUGGUAUCGCCCAGGGAAGUCGGACAUAACAUAUGGAUUUUGUGUCACCAAUUGGCUCAACAUAACAAAGACUUAGCAUCGUUACUUAAACCUUCCGAGACCGGAGAUCCCAAAACCCAAAAAGCUGUGACUUACUACGCCCCGCACACGGCCCAAAUCGAAAUCGUCAGGCAAGAUAGAACAUUGGAGCAGAUCGUCUUUCCCAUACCGGAAAUAUGCGAAUAUUUAACGGAAGACACGAAAAUUAAAGUACUUAACACUGCCGAGAGGGACGAUCAAGGUUCCAAAGUCGCUGAUUUCUUCGACAGAACCGAGCACAUGUUUAACGAGAUGAAGUGGCAGAAGAAACUCAGAGCGCAACCCUUUCUCUUUUGGGUCAGUAACUACAUGUCUUUAUGGAGCAAUAUUCUUUUUAAUUGCGCAGUACUCAUCAAUUUAAUUGUGGCUUGUUUUUAUCCGUUCGAUAAUAUUGUUCCAACAAUCGCCCCGACAAUAUCUGUGCUCAUUUGGUUCGCUAUGUUAUCAUCUUCGGCUAUUGUGAUCACAUUGCCUCGAGAAACGGGAAUAAGAACUUUAGUAGCAUCUACUAUUCUUAGACUGAUUUACUCAAUGGGUCCUGAACCGACACUGUGGUUGCUGGGCACCCUAACGAUUCUUCUGAAAUGUAUACAUCUAGUCAGCAUAAUGGGCAACCACGGUACGCUAACUAAAGCUUACGCUCAAAUUUUAACAGACGCCGAGUUAAUAUAUCACAUGUGCUACCUGAUUUUCUGUACUUUGGGUUUGAUUAUGCAUCCUUUCUUCUAUUCCGUACUACUAUUCGAUGUUGUUUAUCGCGAAGAAACCCUCUUGAAUGUGAUAAGGUCUGUGACUAGAAAUGGCCGAUCUAUUGUUUUAACAGCGGUCUUAGCCCUAAUCCUAGUGUAUAUGUUUUCGAUUAUCGGUUAUAUGUUCUUUAAAGAGGACUUCGUUGUUAGCGUUAAUAAAAAAGAUGAGUCUUGUGAAACUUUGUCGGAAAUGUCCGGCAAAACCUACAAAGAAGACGAGUCUGGAAAGUAUUGUGAACUUAUUGAUACGGGAGAAGAGCGACAAGAACUGGCUUGUGAAUCUUUACGAAUGUGCAUCAUUACUACGCUAAAUCAAGGGCUGCGAAAUGGCGGAGGUAUUGGUGAUAUAUUAAGAGCGCCCAGCAGCGAAGAAUCUUUAUUCGUUGCCAGAGUUGUAUACGAUUUACUGUUCUUCUUUGUGGUGAUCAUUAUUGUACUUAAUCUAAUUUUUGGUGUUAUAAUCGACACGUUCGCGGAUUUGAGAUCCGAAAAACAACAAAAAGAGCUCAUUCUGAAGAACACUUGUUUUAUAUGCGGUUUGAACAGAUCGGCUUUCGACAACAAAAUCGUAAGUUUCGAAGAUCACAUAAAAUGCGAACAUAAUAUGUGGCACUACUUGUACUUCAUCGUGUUGAUAAAAGUGAAGGAUCCGACCGAAUUCACCGGUCCGGAGAGUUACGUUCACGCCAUGGUAAAAACCGCGAAUUUGGAGUGGUUUCCUCGUUUAAGAGCCAUCAGCCUGGCCGCGGUCGAAGGAGAAGGGGAGCAAAUCGAGUUUAAAAGCCUACAAAAUCAGUUGCAGAAAACGGAAAUGCUGGUUACUACUCUAUCUCAACAGCUGAUGGAGCUGAAGGAUCAGAUGGCCGAGCAACGCAAGCAAAAACAGAGAUUAGGUUUGCUCAACAGGGACGCGUCGAAGCGACUGUUGGCUGAAUAA